AUGUCGAGCGUGCUGCCAAGCACGAAUAAGGUCAGGCAUUACCAAGAGAUCUCAGGAUUCUUCGUUGCGUACUUUAGAUCAGAUGGGUCCUUUACAUGUUCGCCAAAGACUUCGACUGAAGCAAAUCGACAAUCCAACUCGCUCAGACAGUCUGAUGAAAAUAGAGAUGAAGACGCUGAAGUUAGAAUUGGUGGUCAUAGCGAAAGUAAUGGACUAGAGGAGAUUGAUCAAGCAUGUGGAAGAGAAGAAGAAGAAAAGGAAAAAAGGUAUUCGGUAACUGUGCAACGGUCCAGACCCGAAGGCGAAGCAGAACUGCUCCAACUGCAACCUCAUCUCAAAACUGUAUCAGAGUCACUUUCGUCAUUACGAGCGACACCUGUAGCUGAGGGAAACGCACUAUGUCAAGAACCUCUAUCGUCCGCAACAAAAGAAGCAGAUAUGGAUGACGAUUCUCCAUCUGUGGACCCAUCAAGCAACAGCAAUGCUAGUCUCUCAGUACAUGCAUUUUCGCUCGACACAACAUGGCCUGUGCCAAGGAUGUUGGCGCAAGCUUUCUGGUUCCCGCAUGCCCAUGGAAUCAUUUAUAUAGUGGAUGCGACACGCAAAAAUGAUCCUCGAGGUAUAGAUCAUUUGCUAAACGCUCGACAGUUCUUGGCUUCACUGGUUAUGGAUCCUCAUUUCAAGCGCAAGGAUAUUCCGAUUGUUGUAUUCGCAAAUAAGGCAGGCUUGAAUGAUGAAACGUGCUUCCGAGUGGACGAAAUUGCAGAUAUUUUGGGAUGUGAAGAAUGGGAAGAUGAGAGGGAUAGGAUUGUGUUGCAGGUUGCAGAUCUCAACGAUGUGAGUAAUGAAGGUACAACAGCAAGAACAAUGACGACAUCCGGCAGGUCAAACAUAGAAGCUGGGGCAGAAAGUAGACCUGUGUUAAGGCCAUGGUGUGUCAAGAGCACAAGAUCGGAUGGGGAAGGCGAAGGCUUGCGUGAGUCAGUGGAAUGGCUCAAGAGUCGGAUGGGUGAAAUCUGGAAGUCUACAUAGGAUCCUUUCUACAUUCCCUAC